UAGUUAGAGCUUCCGGGAGUUAUCACGUCACAACCCGGUGACCUUCGAUUCCACAGGAAAUACUGGCAAGUUUCGCAAAGUUUAUGUCAAAGUUUAUAUUUGAAACGUUCUUCGAUCGUGAUUAAAGAGAACGUAGGAACUUCAGCCAAUCAGAAGACUCUGUUGCAAUGACGUUUUUGUAUGAUUUAAACUGCAUCUCAUUGGAUAAUGUUUUUACAUUUGGAAAACGUCUCAUUCUAAAGAAGCAGCUACGAGUUGGUCACGACAAUAUGAAGGAAAGUAUCUAUUUAAUUAUCCUAUUCACUGUCUGCUUUGCUGAAGGCGAAACAACGCAAGGAAUAGAACAAUUAAUUGCAUAUUGUUCUAGUUUCCAUAAAAAUAUUAAUAAAAAUCCAAAUUGGAAUAAGUGUCUAUUGGAAAAUUCUUCAUUGAAACAACUUGGACCAAACAAUUCAACGGCAUUUAAUAACAACAGAUGCUUUUGCGAUGAAGACUGUCAUCAAUACGGUGAUUGUUGUCCGGACAUUCUUACGUCUUCUAACAGUUCCUGGAGAUGUCGAUACUUCCAUUUUAUCCCAGGUAUGUAUAUUUACAUGCUACAAACUUGUCCUUUAGACUGGAACGACGACGAUGUGAGACAACUGUGCGAAAAUGAGCUUUUUUCUCUGGCAAAACAAGGAAAAUUUAACCAUUAUUUACAAGAUAUACCUGUUUAUUCCUUGGACAAUAAAAUUAUUUAUAGAAAUGUAUUCUGUGCGAAAUGCAAUCGAGAUAGGAAUUUGCAAAAGUGGAAUAUUAGUUUUAGUUGUGAUAAAAAAAUUAAAGAUAUAACUUUAAGCAAUGCAGUAUAUCAACCAGCUGAUAAAGAAUGGAAAAUACAGCUAGACAACGGAACAAAUAUUACUUGCAUAAUUAAUAUACCAGAGUUAAGCUCAUGGAGAAAAAUUAAAACUAUCUUCAACGGAAGAAGAUGCAAAGCUGUUUCCUCGUGUUCUGGUAACUGGAAGAAAAUUGACGAAAUACAAAAAUGCAGCGAGUUUACGCAAGAAGGAUAUUAUUUUUCUAACGAAGAUAAUAUUCAUUAUAAAAAUCCAUAUUGUGCUGAAUGUAACUAUAUAGAUAUAAAUCAUUUGAAUUGUAAUGGUGGUACAAGAUUGUUCUCAGAUGUUUUCAAAUCAAAACCAUGGUAUCCGUCCUUAAUUGAUUUCAACUUCGAUUGGAAUUCAGAAAACGAGUGUAAUCCCCAACAACUGUUCGAUCCUAUUUCCAACGUUUGUUUUAAUCUGUCAUGUGACGAAUCACAUACCAGAAGAGGAAUUCAGUGUAUCCCAAAUAAUACAACAAACAGUCUACAAAAAUCUUGCACCACAAUCGUGUUUAGCAGAGAUUCAUUCUCUAUUUUAGACAACAAUACAAUUUUUAUUAACCACACUAACAAAAACUAUUCCAGCAGUCAGUACGAACCAAUAAUUGUUAAUGGAGAAUUGAAGGAAGUGUUAAUAUGUGCCGACGAAAUUAUCGGUUUCAAUUUUUCUCCCGUUCAAUAUUGGAUGUCGGAAAUUGGUCUUUUAAUAUCCAUCAUCUGUCUACUAAUUCACUUGAUCAUCUAUUUGUUGCUACCCAAAUUGCAUAAUCUUCCGGGUAAGAUUUUAAUAUGUUUGUCUUUGUCAUUGUUGAUUGCCCAAUCAUCCUUCUUGUUAGGUGCUUACGAUUCUUACGUCUCUACGUGGCAUUGUGUUCUAUUUGCAAUCGUCACUCAUUUUAGUUACUUAGCAGCAUUUUUUUGGAUGAACGUCAUGGCUUUUGACAUUUAUCGUACUUUCUGUAAGGCGAAAUCCAGUUCGAAUCACUCUCGAACAUUUGUAUUAUAUUCUGUAUACUCGUGGGUUUCUUCGACGCUAAUUGUUUUUGCUUCGUUGAUCAUGAAUUUCGUCUUUCCAGGAAAUUCGUAUUCUCCGAAUUAUGGAAGAAAUGUUUGUUGGAUCAGUGAAAAAAGAAGCUUGCUUGUGUUUUUUGCUUUUCCGCUUUUUGUUUUGUUGAUGGUUAAUAUAAUCUUGUUUUUUCUGACCGCUAGAAGUCUAUUGAAAACGACGAGAGAAACCAAAAUGGUUAAUAAAUUCUCUGAUAAAGUUCGAUUUAUUUUGUAUAUAAAAAUUGCUCUGAUGUUGGGUUUGACUUGGAUAUUUGGCUUUAUAGCGACUUUAAGCAACGUUUCUCUGCUGUGGUACCCGUUUAUAAUAUUUAAUUCCCUGCAAGGCGCUUUUAUUUUCGUAUCAUUCACCGUAAAAAAGAAGAUAUUCGAUUCCUUAAAGGAAAUGAUUUUUGGAAAGAGCUUCAAAAAGAAAUAUCGCGUAGGACAAUUGAAACAAUGCACGAGUUCUUCGAACCUUUCGACAAUUCAAACAUCUUUGACGGCAUCACUUUCUGCUUCAGUUCCCGUUCUUUGUAAUCAAGCAGAGAUAAUUAAAGCUAUAAUAAAUAACGGAAAGUACCAAGAAGCUAAAGGAAAUAUUUAAAACUAGGACCUAUGAGCAAUUAAUCCUAAAUUUUCCAAGGAAAAUAUAUUUUAAAAUAAUUAAAAUAAUUCAUUGAAUACGAAUAAAAUCAGUGUAAUAAAUUAUAUCUUGAAUCAAAAAACUAGAAGAGAAGUAUUUAUUUCUCUUAUUUUCAGUAGUGAAAUAAUAUAAAGUGUUAUCUAUUGUGAUAUCAAAGCUUGUUGUUAAUACUUUUUACUUAAUUAUUAUAGUUUCGAUCGAUUGUAUUGAUAAAAUCGCUAUAAUAUGCAUCCAUCAGCAUGUGUACAACACAAAUGUAAUUAGUUACGUGUUAUGGAAGUUUUUAUGUUAACUUACAUGAAACUAUUAAUAAUAUAUUUUACAUUAAUUUUAUUAGUUUGUGUAUUAGAUUAUUGAAGUGUUAUAUGAAAUUAAAUGCAUCGAGCUUAUUGUCAAUUAAAAUGAGUACUUAUUGAUCUAAAAUAGAUUUAUGCAGUUUAUUUAAACGUAAUGAUUUGUAUCAGUUAAAAAAUUUUGAGCUGUUUCAUUUGAAUGAACAAAUUUGUAAAUAAAAAUAUUGGCGGUUAGUACUUAUUUCUUAUACAACAUGCGUAAUAUUCGAAAUAAUUAUUAAAGAAAUAGUCCUGCCAAUGUAAAAUAAUAUUCCUUUACUUUGGAUAUAUGCAUAAGUUGUAAAAUAUUGUAAUAUAGGCUAUAUAUUUUAUAAUAUAUUAAAUAUAAGCAGUCUUUAAAAUUUUGUAUAAUAGUCUAUAUUUAUUUUAUAAAUGAACAGCUAUUCGAACAUCAGCCUAAUAGAAUGUUUCAGUUUUUAAUGAAUGUACUGCGUUACUUUAUAAAACAUAUGAAAAAUGUAGAAACAGUUCGGAGUUUCUGUUAAUGUACUGUACAAUUGUUUUUAUUUUGUAAAUAAAUAAAAUAUUUUUAUUU